AUGUACCUUCCGUCCGAGGCGCAAACAAUCUCGAAUCUCGGACCUCGAACAACCUCCUCCCACCGACAUCGCGUCUUCCUCGCCCAAGGCCCAGAUCCAACAUUUGGAGCGCGCGCCAAGUGUCCAGACUCUUCUGUUCUUGACAUCUGCGCGUACAUUUGCGACCUCGCCGUGACACGCCUCCAUCACCCUCGAGCUCUGUUCGACGUCGGCCAUGUCUUCACCUUCCGCGGCAACGACUCCGAUCAAGCGGAGCUCGUCUAUUACCAUGCCGCCGACGAUGAAGAGCCAAGCCUGCCUGGCGCGACCAAAGUCACCAUUCCUUCUUUGGAUUAUCAAGCAAAAAGUGGCCUCGAAAGAAGUAUAGGACUGGCACUGCAGCAAGUUGGCUUUGAUUCCGCUACCCCGGAAGCGAUGCAGGGCUUCUUGGGGGCCGUAGAGACCUACAUGGCCUCCAUGAUCGCCGAUGCCAAACGUGUCGCUCUAGCAGCACGAAGGGAGCAGCCGACUCCAGCGGACUUCGAGUCCACGAUGCGACGCUACACUCUGAAGACGAAGGCGCUGAGGCCUCACCUCCGUCAUCCCGUACCAAAAGCGAAGCUAGACGUGGAAUAUUUUAAUCCUUUGGUCGAUGAUCCGGAUGCGUACACAACUUUACCUCUCCUCGGCGAGGAGCUGAGCGGCAAGCCCGAGAAGGAAGCCAAGUCGUACAUACCAAAGUCCUUCCCCGACUUUCCCAGCAAACAUACCUACAAAUACACACCCAAGGAAGAUGACAACGGUCGUGACCCCCAAAAGACAAGGGAAGAGGCGGCCAAGGCCUCGAAGCAAGGAGAGGAGGCCCUUCGAGGCCUGGUCAGAGCGGCAAAGGUCCGAAAGCAGAAGGAAAUCAGAUCUCUGUCGGAGCGCGAUCCUAUGACCAAGGAGCGCUAUUCGCUUUGGGCUGCCGCUAUGGAAGGCUUCGUAAAAAAGGAAGGCGGCGCCACCGGCCAACAACUCGAGAUUGCCGAUCAUAGCAUGAUUGUCAACUCGGACGCCCGGCAUUUGCGCAGGGAAUCAAGGCAGACACAGGAAUUGGUUGUUUUGGGAAAUGGACAUGCAUUCAGCAAGGCGUUUGGGUAUUUCAUCGUGUGGACGAGUUCCAGCAGAUUACAUCAUUUCUUGACCGAGAAUGAAGAUGGGACGCAGGAGGAGGAUCAUACGAUUAUCCGAAACGCGUACAUCUGCGGGAAGUUCGCCAGUCAUGGACUUGUCAUAUUGCGAUCAAAGAUAGGUGAACAGCUGCUAUUCUGCGAGCCCCUGCAGCGAGUUGGUACUAAUGUACAAGUACCGUCCCUUUCUGUUCGACUAUGGGGCCAAUCAGCCUCGUGUCAGCAUUUCAGAAGAAGUGUAGCUACGAGCGAUCCCCAUUGGCUCGAGCCCCACCUCGAUUACCCACACCAAGCGCAGCAGGAGCAAGGCUGGCGCUCUUUCCACCUGCCAGGCCCUAAGCGAAGUUUGCUAAUUUUUUUCACCCACACCCAAAAUCCGGAAUCUCAGCUCAAGCUCCCCAAGGGUCAAAGCGUUGCGCCGGUCAUUUUUGCGUUGUGCUUGAGGCUGACGGCGAUGCUUUUUGCAGAAUGGCUGGGUCACCAGCCUGGCUACCUCCAUGGAGAAGUACGACCAUUCCUACAAUCCUCUUCAUUUGCGAUCACCCCUACCUGGCUACCGCUGCCGCCGACGUUGAUUUUUGAGAAGGAUGGGAUUCUUCGAAAUGGGCAACGACAUGCGAGCCUUUGCACAGUGGCGGCGGCGGGGGAGGAGGCCAAGAAUCUCGAAAGACAGCAAUCGCUAACAUUUCGACAGCCCCAACAUGCUCCUUACGGUUACCCCAAGCGCUCCCUCAAGGGCCACUCCCACAUCGUCUCCGACUGCGUUAUCUCCUCGGACGGCGCCUACGCCCUGUCUGCCUCUUGGGACAAGACUCUCCGCCUUUGGGAGCUUGCCACCGGCACCACCACCCGCCGCUUUGUCGGCCACACCAACGACGUUCUGUCUGUCUCCUUCUCCGCCGACAACAGACAAAUCGUUUCUGGCUCCCGCGACCGCACUAUCAAGCUCUGGAACACCCUCGGUGACUGCAAGUACACCAUCUCCGAGAAGGGUCACUCCGAGUGGGUUUCCUGCGUCCGCUUCAGCCCCAACCCCCAGAACCCCGUCAUUGUCUCCUCCGGCUGGGACAAGCUCGUCAAGGUUAGUUUCAAAUACCUCCUUCUAUGUUUUCUAGGAGAAGUCGCCACAACAACUCGAUUCGACGUGAUGCUUGCAACCAAAGUAUUUGCUACUUCAGAGCCUGCCGUCUGGGAGCUCAGCACCUGCAAGCUGCAGACUGACCACAUCGGCCACACCGGCUACAUCAACACCGUCACCAUCUCCCCCGAUGGAUCCCUCUGCGCCUCCGGUGGCAAGGACGGUACCACCAUGCUUUGGGACCUUAACGAGUCCAAGCACCUCUACUCCCUCAACGCCAACGACGAGAUCCACGCCCUUGUCUUCUCCCCCAACCGCUACUGGCUCUGCGCUGCUACCGCCAGCAGCAUCAUCAUCUUCGACCUUGAGAAGAAGAGCAAGGUUGAUGAGCUCAAGCCCGAGUUCACUGCUGUCGGCAAGAAGAGCCGUGAGCCUGAGUGCGUGAGCUUGGCCUGGUCCGCCGAUGGCCAGACCCUGUUCGCCGGUUACACUGACAACAUCAUCCGUGCCUGGGGUGUCAUGUCGAGAGCAUAA